AUGGCUUCAGCACGCUCUCUCAUGAUGCUCGCCCGCGCGCGUCCCACCUCCAUUCCCCUCACCUCCUUCCUCGCCACACGUACAACAAUGCCAUCCGCCACCUUCACCAGCACCUCCCGCCUAGCCGCAACUCCAGCUGGCCCACCACCCCAAGGCUUCCGGCUCGCACGAAAGGAGCGUUGGGAUGAAAGCAAAGAGUCUGCCCUCGACAAAGCCGGUAAAUACUUUCUCCUUACCGAGAUGCUGCGAGGCAUGUACGUUGUGCUAGAGCAGUUCUUUCGGCCGCCAUAUACGAUCUACUAUCCUUUUGAAAAGGGACCAAUCUCUCCAAGAUUCCGUGGGGAGCAUGCUUUGAGGCGAUAUCCGACCGGGGAGGAGAGGUGUAUUGCUUGCAAGCUGUGCGAGGCUAUUUGCCCGGCGAGCGCUAUUACGAUUGAGGCCGAGGAGAGAGAGGAUGGGAGUAGGAGGACUACAAGAUACGAUAUUGAUAUGACAAAGUGCAUUUACUGCGGGUUUUGUCAGGAGAGUUGCCCAGUGGACGCAAUUGUCGAGUCUCCCAACGCAGAAUACGCCACAGAGACGAGGGAAGAGCUGCUUUAUAACAAGGAGAAGUUGCUGGCCAAUGGGGAUAAAUGGGAGCCCGAGCUGGCUGCUGCUGCGCGGGCUGAUGCUCCAUACCGGUAA